AUGGCAAAAAUUUCAAUUUACUAUUUGCAUUGUUCAUUGCCAAAUAGUUCCAAAGUACUGAAGAUUUUUCAAGAAGAUGUAAUCGAAAAUCCGAAUCGUAUGUUUGCUGUUCCUGAAUUUAAAUAUUUGAUUUCAAAACCGGAAUGCAGUCGCAACGGUUCAGCCCCAUACUUCGUUACUUUGGUCAAUUCAUCGCCAACACAAUACCAAAGACGAGCUGCUUGCCGAGAGACAUGGGCACACUCAGAUCCCCGAACAAAGACUUACUUCAUGAUUGGCAUACCACAAACUAAAUCACUACAACGAAAAAUCGACGAAGAAGAAGCACAGUUCCAUGAUAUCCUUCAAGGCAAUUUCAUUGAUUCGUAUCACAACCUGACGUACAAAUACACAAUGGCAUUGAAAUGGUUCUCGGAGAAUUGCCCUGACGUCAAGUAUUUACUGAAACUGGAUGAUGACGUCUUUGUAAAUGUUCCGGCCAUGUACGAAUUUUUGGUUACCAACAAAAAUGACCAGAAAUUUAUUCUGGGUAUUUAUUACCCACCACAACCGACAGGUCGAAUUGGAAAGUGGAAAAUUUCAUAUGAAGAUGUCAGAGAGAAAUUUAUACCAGAGUAUGCAUCAGGUCAAUCGGUUAUUUAUUCGAGUGAUUUUGUGAAAGAGGCUUAUAAGAGAACAUUUACCACGCCAUACCUUUGGAUUGAUGACAUUUAUAUUGCUGGGUACAUUCGGAUGCAACUAAAUGCCAGAAUUGAACCAAUCUAUCCCCUGAGAUUGAGUGAUGAUGCCUUACAAAUGGUCUUGAAUGGUACCACCAAAACAUUACCGGAACCGAUGUUCAUUGUUAGCGAACAUGAUCGAAAAUAUGAUGAUAUGAUUAAACUCUGGAAAUUCACCGAAGAAUAUAGAAAAGCCCAUCCACAUGGAAUGUAA